GCUUCAAAACGAGGGCGUUGGCGCAUUUUACAAGGGAUUAUCAGCUGGACUGCUCAGGCAAGCUACAUACACUACCGCUUGACUCAGAUCAUUCGAGAUGCUGACGACCAAGGCUAUGGAAGCCAAUGAUGGGAAGCCCUUACCUCUAUAUCAGAAGGCAUUGUGUGGCCUGACUGCCGGUGCUAUUGGAGCCUGCUUCGGAAGCCCUGCGGAUUUGGCACUUAUCCGUAUGCAAGCCGAUGCAACUUUGUCGGCUGCUCAGCGCCGGAAUUACUCGAAUGCAUUCCAUGCUCUUUAUCGUAUCGUUGGCGUCGAAGGGGUUCUUGCACUUUGGAAAGGUGCAGGACCGACCGUAGUCCAAGCCAUGGCAUUGAACAUGGGGAUGCUUGCAUCUUAUGAUCAAAGUGUCGAGUUCAUUAAGGACUCCCUCGGCUUAGGUGAAGCCGCAACCGUGGUAGGUGCAAGUGCGGUUUCGGGCUUCUUUGCUUCAGCUUGCAGUUUACCUUUUGAUUACGUGAAAACACAGAUCCAGAAGAGGCAGCCCGAUGCCGGGGGGAAGUAUCCAUACACAGAUCCGAAAUGUUCUGUUAUGCAGAUGACCUGGAUUUUCCUCAACCAGAUUCAGAAGAUAGAGAAAAGGAUAGGGUUAUAG